AUGGACACAGCCGUAGCCUACGUGCCUCCGCAGGUGAGCAAGUUGCUCAUGGAAAACUUCCUCGCCCUGGAGGUGGUGGCCAUGAGUAUGGAACGCUUUGAAGUCGGCGUGUCUGCAUUCAACCAUUUCACCCACUAUCGCGGCCUGUAUUUCUGGAGCCUACAAGUGGCAUCAUGGGGCAUCUUGGUGCAUGCAAUUCCAGCCCAAAUUCGUUACAUGGAGGUAGCCUCUAGCAUGAGCGUGGCUCUCCCAUUUCUCAUCGGCUGGUAUGCCAUGGUCACUGGCCAGGCCGUCGUCUUAUACUCUCGUCUCCAUCUCGUUGCCUCCUCCGACCCACAAUCUUUCCGCUGGGUCUUGUGGAUGAUCAUCAUCAAUGUGUUUAUUUUCCACGUCCCGAUGUCAAUCCUCUUACUGGCGGUCAAUGGUGGCCAUAGCCAAUUCUUGCGCGCCGCACACAUCUACGACCGAAUCCAAGUGGUCGGAUUCUGCAUGCAGGAUUUUGUCAUCAGCGGAAUUUACAUCUACGAAGCCCUGCGCGCCCUAAAACCUGUCCUCGAAGCCCGAGGCCGCGAAGGCCGAAAAGUAAUCGUCCACCUGAUCAUAGUCAACAUUAUAGUCGUGGCAUUGAGCAUUUUCCUAUUGAUCGCAGAAUUCAAAAUCCAUUGGCUGGAAGUCAGCUUCAAGACCGUAUGCUACAGCUUCCAACUGAUACUCGAAUUCUUCAUCCUCGAACGUCUGCGCUCGUUGACUCGCACAACUUCAUGCAUGUGCAACAGCGGAUCGGCUUGUCCACGCCAAUCGAUUGAUGUGAACAUAUUCACGAUGGCAUCGGCGGCAUCGCGCACUUGUCAUGAUAUCGAGUCGCCAUCUCCUUUGGUCGAAAUCAAUCCUGUGUCUCGUCGUCCUUCGGUGGGGAAUUCCACGUAUGACUUCCAUCAGGCGUUACGGGAAACAGCGUCUGUUGAGAAUAUCAUCUCCUAA